CUCUCCUAAUAUCAGGUGCUCACAAAAGACAAAUUUGGUGGGGAAGAGGAAGUAGAGUUGAGGGUCGUAUCUUCCACUGAACCUUGCAGUGUGAAUCUCUUCUCUGGCAGUACCUGUUAAAUGAUUUUAGUCCGAUCCUUGAUGAAAAUGGCAGCCAACAAUGCAGUUUUGAACAGAUUGGAACAGAAGGGUGCUGAAGCAGAUCAAAUUAUUGAAUACCUUAAGCAGCAAGUUGCUCUUCUGAAAGAAAAAGCCAUCUUGCAGGCAUCUCUGAGGGAAGAGAAAAAACUACGUGUUGAAAAUGCUAAACUUAAGAAAGAAAUUGAGGUGCUGAAGCAGGAAUUGAUCCAAGCAGAAAUUCGAAAUGGAGUGAAACAAAUAUCUGUGCCACCUAGUAACAUGGUUUCUGCAGUUUCAUUUUCGGAGGGUUUCUCUCAAACAUCUGCUGCAGAAGCUCCAUCUGGCCCUAAGGAACAACCCAAAGGAGCAAAUGAAGAAAAGAAGAAAGACAAAACAGAAAAGAAAGGAGAAAAGAAAGAAAAAAAGCAGUCAGCUGCAAAUGAUGAUUCAAGGCCUUCAGACGUUUCUCGGCUUGAUCUUCGUAUUGGUUGUAUUAUGACAGCCAAGAAACACCCAGAUGCCGAUACCCUGUAUAUUGAGGAAGUUGAUGUUGGAGAAGGAAAUCCAAGAACUGUUGUCAGCGGUCUGGUGAAACAUGUUCCCAUAGAAGAGAUGCAAAACCGGAUGGCUAUAUUUCUGUGUAACCUAAAACCAGUAAAAAUGAGAGGAGUGGUGUCCCAAGCCAUGCUGAUGUGUGCUAGCACACCAGAAAAGGUGGAAAUUAUAAUUCCUCCCAAUGGAGUUGUUCCUGGAGAAAAAAUUACAUUUGAUGGUUUUUCAGGUGAACCUGAGAAAGAACUUAAUCCCAAAAAGAAAAUAUGGGAGCAGAUCCAACCUGAUCUUCAGACCAAUGAUGAGUGUAUUGCUACAUACAAAGGAGUGCCAUUUGAAGUGAAAGGGAAAGGUGUGUGCAGGGCUCCUACAAUGGCCAACAGUGGAAUCAAAUAAAUGAAAGCAAUUUUGGAAAAGCUUGAGAUAAUUUUGAACAAAAAGAACGUGAACAUAAAUAAAUAUUGCUUUACUGAAAA